AUGGAGAUUUUCAGCAGAGGCAACAAGGUGAUGUUUGGCCGCGGUAAAACUGGAGGGAAAGGGCGCGCCAAGGCGAAGACUCACUCCUCCAGAGCUGGUCUCCAAUUUCCUGUUGGCUGUAUCCACCAGCUGCUGCGUAAGAGUCACUACGCCGAGUACGUUAGGGCCGGAGUCAUUGAGCUGGCCGGCAACGCGGCCUGGGACAACAAAACCCGUAUCAUCCCCCACCACCUGUGGCUCACCGUCCGCAACGUCGAGGAGCUCAACAAGCUGCUGGGAGGGGUCACCAUAGCCCAGGAUGGGGCCCUGCCCAACAUCCAGGCUGUGCUGCUGCCCAACAAAACCGGCCACUCCAGCAAGGUUUAUGCCUGA